UCUCUCUCUCUAAAACGCCAUCAUCUACCGCUUCCAAGUCCUACAAGAACCCAUUCCCUCCCUCAUAGCCCCCACUCUUCUCCACUUCUCAAACUUCGAACUUCAUCACGCUUUCUCUCAACUCUUCCCUCAAACCAUAAAUCACAUUCUCUCCAAACAAACUCUUCCUCCGACCAACAUGGCAAUUGAAAACCAUGACACUGCUGUCAGAGAAAUCAAGCCCAAGAACAGGAGAAUCAUGGGUGCUGGAGGUCCUGAUGAUGAGGACAAUAGGUGGCCACCAUGGUUGAAGCCACUGCUCAAAGAGAGCUUCUUUGUUCAAUGCAAGUUACAUGCUGAUUCUCACAAGAGUGAAUGCAACAUGUAUUGCUUGGACUGUAUGAACGGCCCUCUCUGCUCUCUCUGCCUCGCCCACCACAAGGAUCACCGUGCAAUCCAGAUUAGGAGGUCCUCAUACCAUGAUGUGAUCAGGGUUUCUGAGAUUCAGAAGGUGUUGGACAUCACUGGUGUCCAAACCUACAUUAUCAACAGCGCAAGGGUGGUGUUUUUGAACGAGAGGCCUCAGCCAAGGCCAGGAAAAGGGGUCACAAACACAUGUGAAGUCUGCGAGCGAAGCCUUCUUGAUUCUUACCGCUUCUGUUCUCUUGGUUGCAAGAUUGUUGGAACAUCUAAGAACCCACAGAAGAAGAAGAAGCAGUCAACGGCAAUGUCAUCAGAUUCUGAGGAUUCAUACAGUAGCAACAGCGUCCAUGGCCUGCAGAAAAACUGCAAAGUUCAGAGCUUCACACCGUCCACUCCACCUCCAACUUCGGUUAAUUACAGAACUGCCAAGAGAAGAAAGGGAAUACCGCACCGAGCCCCAAUGGGGGGACUAAUCAUAGAGUAUUAGAUAGUGGGUAUUUUUAGGUUAUUUGCUAUAAUGCCCUUGGAUAUAAAUAUAAUGCUAAUGCAAGUGUUUCGACGAGGUUUCACCGUUCCAAUACUCGAGCUUUUCUAGGCCAGUAUUGGAACUGUCACCUUCUGUUCUUUAAUGUUUCCUGUAGCAGUUUCUAGCGUCUUGUAUAUAUAUAUUUAUAAUAUAUAUAUAAAGUCCAAUAGAACUGGAAAAGGCUGAAGAAGAAGUAGUGAAAAUAAGACACCUGUGAAAUAGUUGAUGGUGCUGUGAUCAAAACAAUGGCGUGUAGCAAAAUAAUAGGCAAGGCUCUUUUCGACCUAGCUAAGAUGAUGAUAAGGACUUAUAGGUUUGGUUUCUAAGGUAAUUAUACCUAAGUUUUGGGGUAGAGGAUGUACAUAGUGGCUAAGUGAGUUGGGGGAUGAGGACAAAUGAAAUGAUGACAAUGUACUUCUUGGAAAAUAGGUGGUAUGUCUAAAUUAUAUGAGAAUAGCAGAAUAAAGAUAUAUAUUAUUGCAAA